AUGAGUUUGGAGUCCUUGUUUCAGCACAUCAUCUUCUCUGAGCAACGGGCGGAGGAGAGUCGCCGCUUGAUGCGAGAAGUCCGGUCGGAAAUAAACAGAUGCCGUGAAAAAAUUCAGACCGCAACAGAGGCGCUGAACGAAGAGAGACUCCAGUUGGACGCUAAGGUUCAGGAGUUUUCUGAAAAAUCCUUCAUCUUACAGCUUUUGAAAAGUCAUGAAAAUGCCUUAGAAAGACAGUGCAGUGAAAUUACAAACCAAAGGAAUACGCUCCUCCAAACCUUUGAGUCUAGGGCAAAACAAGUGACAGAAGAAGAGGAAAAAUUUAUUAAGGAAAUUACAGACUUCAAUAAUGAGUAUGAAAUAACAAAGAAAAGAGAGCUUUUGAUGAAGAAAAAUGUCAAGAUUGAAAUAUCUGACUUAGAAAACCAAGCAAACAUUUUGAAAAUGGAAAUGAAGUCCAUGGAACAUGACAAUGACCAGUUAAAUGAACUUCAGAAACAAAAGAGUGAAUUAAUGCAAGAGUUAUUUACUCUCCAAAGAAAAAUUAAAGCUUUUGAAGAUAAAAAGAAUGAAGCCAUUUGUACUACCAAAUACCUAGAGGCAGAAAAAAUAAAAAUCAAUGAAAAGCCUCAAAAUGAUGCUGAAUGCUUAAGGUAA